CAGAGGAAUGUGACAACUUUUAAAUCCAGAUGUAGGCCCUUGAUCGUUUUGAAAUAUAUGAGAAAAAUCGUAGUAGUUAGAAAGCUAGGAUUGACUAAUGGUAGAAAGAACUUCAACUCAAAAACAAGAGACGUAGAACAAACAAGCUACUUGGAAGUAAAAUUGCUGCAAAAUGAGGGACUAUUUGAGACUGUGCGUUUUAUUUUGUAGUUUCUUUCCAGUUGUUCUGCCCUGUAUAUAUGCAAGUGAGCUAUUUUUGUUUGACGCAUCAAAGGAAAUCGAUGGCGGUAUCCAAAAAGCAGUCGAGUCUGUGGAUAAAGAGAAGAAUUUUGGGGAGAAAAUGAAUUUGGAAGAAGCCGGUCAUGUACAACAGGAAUGGCUGGACAAAAGAAAAAAUGAAAACAAGCUUAAAGAAGAGAAAAAGACUUGGAAUGUAGGGUUUAUACAUGCAUUUGCUGCCUCAAUAUCAGUAAUUAUUGUAUCUGAGCUAGGGGACAAAACAUUUUUUAUUGCUGCUAUAAUGGCAAUGAGACAUCGUAGAUCAGUAGUUUUCCUUGGUGCUAUUGGGGCACUAGCUUUAAUGACUGUUCUAGCUUCAUUCCUUGGCUAUGCUACCACUGUAAUUCCAAGAAAAUACACAUUCUAUAUAUCAACUGCCUUGUUUGCAUUUUUUGGGUUAAAAAUGUUGAAGGAAGGGUAUGAUAUGGAUCCCAACCAAGGUCAAGAAGAAUUUGAAGAAGUCUCUGUUGAGCUGAAAAGAAAGGAUGAAGAGCUUGAGAAACAACAAAAGUCUUCUGUGGUGCAAGAUAUGGAAACUGGAAUCAUCCGCGAUGCAAAUGAGAGGAAGAAAUGGUACAGUUUUUUGUUUUCCCCAAUCCUGCUGCAGUCAUUUACAAUGACAUUUCUUGCCGAAUGGGGAGAUAGAUCACAGCUGACAACAAUUAUACUAGCAUCAAGAGAUGAUCCAUUUGGUGUGACCCUUGGAGGCAUAAUCGGUCAUGCAAUUUGUACAGGUUUGGCUGUAUUAGGAGGCAGAUUAAUUGCACAGAGAAUUUCUGUUCGUACAGUUACACUUAUUGGUGGAGUGGUGUUCAUUUUAUUUGCCCUGUCAGCAUUCUUCUUUGAUCCAAACCAAGCGAUUGGCUAGCAUGGACAUUUAUUCAUUUUUAGGUUUGCAAUUAUAUGAUUGAUGAAGUUAAAAUUAUUCACAAUUGCAUAUUGAACAAA